CCAUUUCCAUCCACACACAACACACAGCACAACACAAACAGCGGUGGAGCGCCAGUCAAGUAACAGCCAACAUACGGACAACCCCCCCCCCCAAAGCGACAGCACCCACGACAGCCAACUCACACCAGGCAAGAAAAGCAGGCAGUUACAAUCAUCCAAAGCCAAUCCACCACACCAACCACAGAAAAGCCCAUUGAACACCCGAGCCAACCCAACAAGUUCCACCUGUACCAAGCUGACAUCAUGCUGAGACUGUUCAGGAAGAGCACCAGACGACGCUCCACGAUGCACAUCAAGUGCCGCAACAACACCUACCUCGGUGGCCCUGCUCGUUUCACAGUGCCCAACGACAAAGUGUCCUGGGAGACGAGCUGGUCGGAGUACAACCCCGUCGAGUAUACAGCGGGCGUGGUCAAGGCGAAUCCCGUGUGGGCAGACGACCCCGACAAGCUCGAAGACAUCAAGUUCAACCGGGAAGAUGAUGCACACAUGAGCAGGAAGAGCUUCAUCGGCAAGUACGCCAUCGACAAGAAGACGCACAUGCCGCUGUAA